AAAAAACCCAGUAAGUUUUAAAUACCAAUCAGUCUAUUACUGUAAAGAAAUCAAGGAACGUAUUUUUGAUAGGUAUUGAAAUGUGUACAUGAAAGGCGAAGAUAACGGAAAGUGAUCAAUCUCAUAACUCCUACAAGCAAUACAAAAUAGAUAGUUGAGCAAACACGGACCUCUGGACGCACCCUGUCCCAUGUAGUUAUUUAUUUAUUUUCUUUUUUUCCCCUUUGCACCUUCUAUAUACUUGACUGACCAAAGUCUAUGAUAUUCAGAAGUUGACUUCAGUACUUAAUAUCUAGUGCGAACGACAUAAUUUCCUUAGAAAAUAAGUCGUGCGAACGAGAUAUUUUUCACAAUAAGAAGUACAAAAAUUUUAACCAUUUCCUACACAGCUGGUAGUACUUAGCCCUAGUUGUAAUUAUAUGCAAUUUCAUUUAGGUGCGACCCAAACAGCAUGCCCUUUGCUGCGAUGCAUGCAACCGCUGGCAGCAUCGACUGUGUGAGAUCAGCAUCUCACGGUCAUUGUACAUGGCCACUAUGCGAGGAGAGGGGAUCGUGCAAUGGUAUUGUAGGGACUGCACCCAGCCAACCUUCGUAGUUGAAGAGAGUUCCAUGGAACAAUCCAUAGCUCUCCCUAUUCUGGAAUCUACAAGAAUUGAUGUAAUAUAUAUGUCAUAUAGUAGAAUAUAACGUAACACACACACACACACACACACACACACACACACACACACACACACACACACACACACACACACACAGAGAGAGAGAGAGAGAGAGAGAGAGAGAGAGAGAGAGAUAAUAGUUACUUUUCGCAAUGAUCAGUAAAAGUAUAGGUAAAAAUUAAAAAUUAAACACGAAGACGUUUAGUAAAGCUUUAGCGCUUUCAUUUCAAAUCUUCUGGCGCCGGAUUCAGGACCUUGGUCUUGCACCGACGUACAAGAGGAGAGAAGCAACCCAUCGGUACUUAAAACAACUAAUGGCCCUUCCAUUUUUACCACAUCAAGACAUUGGACCUGCGUUCCAGACCCUCACUGGCCGGGCUAGUACUGAGGAACUGCGAUCAUUGGUUGGGUACAUGGAUAGACAGUGGAUGAAGAAUCCUCUCUUCCCACCAUCUGCUUGGUCAGCCUAUCGUGUGCCAGUAAGGACAAACAAUGAUGUUGAAAGCUGGCAUCAUCGCAUAAAUGGAAAGACGGGGCACCGAGGAUGCGGGUUUUACGUCCUCUGCCCUCUCCUCCUACAAGAGGCACGUCUGGUGGAGAGUAGAGUCCACAGCGAUAACAUCUGUCGCAAUGUGAGGAAAAGUUCGACAACGGUGCAAAAGAAACUAGAUGCCGCAUGGGAGAAAUACGAUGUUGGCGAUGUGAGCGCGGGACACUUUCUCCGCAUAUGUGGAGCAGUGUAUGCCCCAGUGUCCAAGGAUUAAUGUGUGAUGUGAAGAGAUGUGAAAUGUCAAUAUGAUCUCUGAUACAGUGAAUGUUGACUAAAAUAUGUUGUGUAUUAUUUAUAUUGUUAAAUAUGUAUGAAAAUGUGAUAAAAGAACAUGUGUACCAAUAAAAAGAUAACUU